CCCGUUUUACUUGUACUUUCGCUUUAAAAUCCGAGAAACGGUAUUUUGCGAAACGAUUUUUGUUGGCUGUCUCAUCUCUAAAUUGUGGAUUUAAAGAAUAGGUUGAUAACAUGGCUUCAUCCAAUGUAGGUCUACCAGAAAAAGAGCCAGAGGAUCGGUCUCUGGUUCAACAACACUUAAUUGAGGCAUUCACUCCUCAGUUUGUAGAAUAUCUUGAGCCAAAUAUGAUUUUAAAUCGUUUAAAUACUCUUAAUGAGGAACAAAAGGAGCAAAUUAAUAAGCUGGAGAAUUCAGUGUCUAGACAUGAGGCUGUUAGAAAACUUAUACAAUUGGUAAAAGAAACAAACUGUGUUUCUGAAUUUAUAAUGGCAUUAAAAAUAGAAAACUUUGAAAGAUUUCAGGAGGUUUUUGAAGAUAAAGAAGUGUCGAAUAUACAACAGACAGGAAGACAGUAUUGUGAAUUCUUACUUCAAUUGUUACGAGCAGAGAUCAUUGAGCAUAUAACCGAUCCACUUAAGGUGGCACAAGAAAUGCGGCAGGGUAAUUAUCUAACAGAACGCAAUGUUGAAGUCAUCAGAUGUAUCUUUAACAGUAUAGGACCGACAGCAGCCUGCGAUGAAUUAUUUCGAAGUAUGCCAAGGAAAAAAAGUGACUGGUCAUUUGCUUUUUUCAAAAUAAUGGAAAAACAGAAUCCAGCCAUGUUUCAAUUACUGGGUGUGAAUCCUGCAAUAAAAGCUGCAGUAUAUAACAGCCCUCCAGAUCCUAAUCCAAGUCAACCAGGUCCAGAAGGAGCAGCACAAGGUAGACAGUCAUCAGAUUCAACAGGGGAUGAAGGCUUCUCAGAUAAUGAAAAGGAUGACUCUUCUGAUAAGGAGUAUAAUGAUUAUGGAUAUCCUGAUUUACAAAUGCGAAAUUAUCAAUUUGAAUUGAGUGAGGUUGCAGUCAAAGGAGAAAAUACAAUCAUCUGCGCUCCAACAGGCUCUGGAAAGACCAGAGUAGCUCUGUACAUAGUAAAAAAGCAUUUAGAAUCGGCCUCAGCAGAAAAUCCUAAGAAGAUUGUAUUCUUAGCAAGAACUACACCCUUGGUAAAUCAACAAGCCAAAACAUUCCAGAAAUAUCUUGAAUGCAGAGUACAGCAUGUUACUGGAGAAAGUGAGCUUUCUCUGCAACUACAUAAUAUUUUGAACCAUUAUGAUAUAUUGGUGUUGACACCUCAAAUCUUGGACAACCAUCUACGUGACGGGAAGAUCAAGUCACUUAGUGUAUUUUCAUUGCUGAUUUUAGAUGAGUGUCAUCAUACCAGAAAGGGUGAACCCUAUAAUAACUUAAUGAAGAAGUAUCUCAAAGCCAAAAAACUUAAAGAGCAGAAUUUACCCCAGAUUAUCGGAUUAACAGCAUCAUUGGGUGUAGAGAAAGCUACAACAUGUGAUGAUGCUAUGACCAGUAUAUUAAAACUUUGUGCUAAUUUAGAUGUAUUUAAAUUAUCAACUGUAAAAGAGAAUAAAGCGGAACUUGAUGCAACGGUUCCAGUACCCGAUGAAAGAAGAGAAGUGUUAACAGGAAAUCGCAAUGAUGGUGCAAGAAAAGAGAUAACUUUAACAAUGGCUGGAAUUGAAGUUCAUUUAGAUGCUGCUGCUGCUAAAUUAAAUAAUAAAGAGAUAACAACAUUGUUGAGGAAAAGGCCAUCAGAAUAUACAAGCCAAGCAUAUGGACAAUGGGCUGUUAAAAUAAAACAAGCAGCCAGAGUACUGAAUACUGAAUCUGAAGAAGCAAAACUGAUUGCACGUACAAUAGUUGUUGUUGCCAGACAAUUGGAGAUAUAUAAUGCGGCCCUAGACAUACAUGAUCUGGUACGUUUACAAGAUGUUAUAUCUUACCUGGAGAAAAAACUUAAUGACAAUUUAGGAAAAAAUAAACAUACGGAAGUAGAGAGUGCAUUAUCCACAUCUUUCAGAGAUCUGAGGAAAAACCUGGAAAAAUUUGAAAAAACUGGCGAAAAUCCAAAUUUGAAAAAAUUAGCAAAGAUCCUUAUAGAUUUACGCAAAGAGAAGGGUCCUGACUCAUUGGGUAUUAUAUUUGUUAGAACUAGAGCCACUUGUUAUGCUCUUUGUGAUUGGAUGAAAAGCGUAGAAGAACUGAAAUGUUUAAAUGCAGAAGCCUUUACUGGUGCUGGUGCUCAUGAAGACGAGGGGGGAAUGACACAAAACGAGCAAGAUGCAAUCAUUGGAAGAUUUCGCGAUGGAAAGAUUAAACUGAUAAUAGCAACAAGUGUGGCAGAAGAAGGUCUCGAUAUACCAGAGUGCAAUAUUGUAAUUAGGUACAACCAUGUUGGGAACGAAAUAACAACUGUUCAAACAAGAGGUAGAAGCAGAAAGAGAGGGGGUGUUUCAGUAUUAUUAGGCAGUAAUCAGAUCGUACAGCGUGAAAUGUUAAAUGUGGAGCGAUCAAAAAUGAUGACAGAAGCUAUUCUCAAACUACGACAAUUACCUGAAAAUGCUAUCACCAGUAAAAUUAGCAAAUAUCAAAUUGAGGCAAUUGAAGAGGAAGAGAUAAAUGAAGUAGCAAAACAGUAUCGAUUAAAUAGAAAGCGUGAGGGUCAUUUUAAACUGCGGUGUAUGCGGUGUAGAAAUCUUACUAUUGAUAGUACGGAUAUUCGCACUGUUCAGGGCGCCCACCAUGUUGUCAUUGAUCCUUCUUUCAUGAAAAAAGUAGACACGAGGCCAGAUAAAGAUCCCCACAAACCAUUUGAUGGUAUACAAAUAGCUGGGAAGAUUCACUGUAAAGAAUGCCAUAAUUAUUUGGGAAUAACAUUUAAAUACAAGGGCAAUAUGUUCCCAGCUUUAAAAUUAGAAUGUUACCAGUUCAUUGAUGGUGACAAAGUCACAAAUCAUAAAAAAUGGCAGAGUAUCCCUUUCAAAGUCAAGGAAAUAGCUGUAGCUGACUACCAUAGGAUGUUUGGGGAUCGGGAAACAUUCAAUGAUUUCGAUGACAACCCCUUGGAUAAUGAUGCUGCUGCUGCUUGUAGCAAAGAAGAUAGGUCUUCUUAUGAUAAUGAAAAGGAUACUGAUGAAAGCUGGGGAUAAAUUGUUAGAUUUUCGUCAGUAGUAAGUGGGUGACCACAUUACAUACGAUUCUGUAAUUCCAUGAAAUAAAUACAUAUAUAUAUAUACAUUGAUGAUUGAUUUAUGGCAAGGUAGAUGAAUUUUGAUUAUUAAAGCAAAGAGACAAUUUUUUAAUUUCUCUCUGUUAUUGUUUUGUAGUGAUUCCUCUUCUGAAAAUUUAUAUUUGAUAAAAUCUGAUAUUUUAGUUUUUAAUCAAAGAAUUGAUUAUUUUGGUAUCGCUUUAUCUGAAACAUGAAAACUUAAUUUCAGCUAAAAGUAGGAUAUUUUUUUUAAACCUGGAAAAAUUAAAUUAUUCAAAAUAACAAAGGAAAUCUUUAAUGGCAGUUGCAAGUUUGGCACACAACUGUUCAUACACAACCCACACUUUGUCUUUUACUAAGGCAGGGCUGUACUAGUAAUGGCGUUACUUUUAGAUUUGAUAUUAUAUCAGAUCUUCCAAUUAUAGCUCACAAAAUAUUAAAUUAGAAACAAAUGUAUUUUUCUCUGUAGCCUGAAUCUAUUUAUCAGUGAAUGGUUAUGUAUUUAGUAUCUUGCCUGUUGAUGAAAGAUAUCUUUAGGAAAUACAUAGCUAUUAAUGCAAUAUUUAUAUAAUUUAAAUUAGAUAUGUAAAUUAAUGUGAUAAUAUUGAAUUUUGACAUAUGUCUUCUUGUUUAGCUUUAUUGUAUGUAGCUAUAUAUAGCUUUAACAGAUGUUGUACAUGUGGUAAGGCAUACUUACUAGCUAUGGAACACCUGAUGUAACUUCUCAUGUAACUAUUAUGUGAUUUAGCACUAAUGUGAUUUAGUAUUGUAUAAAUAGGAUCUAGCUUAAAGUAUUGAAGUGAAAUGAAAUGGAGUUUAACAUCCUACUUUUCUUCAAUAACUGAGGAAGAUUUAAACUAGUAGGAGUAUCCAAGAAAGUGACAGAAUUGAGUGGACACUCUAAUUAAUAAUUUAUUUCAGUUCUAAAGAAAUAAAAUGAAAUGAAAUGGGGAUUAACGUCCUACUGUUCUACUCCUAUACUGGGCUAAUGAAGACGGGCAUACGCCAUACAGUGUGCUAUGAGGGAAAUUUUGCCUGGGCAACGGCCCUAUCGCCUUCUCUUAUAUCGAAUUCCAACUGCCAAGGGAUCUUUUACAUGCAUUCCAAUGUAUACACAGGACCUCGGUUUUUCGUAUCAUCCGAAGGACUUGACAGCUGUCAGGGCCUCCGUUCUGCUCCACUGACAAGGGGAAACCACGUCGGAAAAUCUCAGUUCUAAAGAAAGUUGUCAUCACAUUUAUAGUCUCUAAAUUUAACAUGCUUGAAAUAUUUAGGACAUGAAGGUUUUUUUGCAUUGUCUAUCUGUUAGAAAAGAGAACUGACUACAUAUUCAAAUUAUUACUGAAUAUCCAUACAACUCUAAUUUUAUGCAUAAACAAAGAAUUUAUUGAGGUGGGGGAGGGGUAUUCAGAAUUUUUAACCCCUUCGAAAUAGGGGGGGGGGAUGGCCGAAUGGAUAGCAUGUUGGAGCUGCAUCAUAAGGUCUGUCAUUGGCAUGGUUUCGAUUCCCCGGUUGUACGUGACAAGAAGUAGGGUCAUCUGUCCAACCUCGUGGGUUUUCUCCAGGUCCUCCGGUUUCCUCCCACUGCUAAAGACCCCUACCCGCAAGCGAAUUAUUAAAAUAAAAUUGAACCAUAUGUUAGUCCCGAAAUGACCUCGUUUGUGUCGGGUGGGAGUGAACGUUAAACCCCAUUUUUAGUUUUAGUUUUGUGUUCAAUUUAAAAGAUUCCUUGGCAGUUGGAAUUCGAUAUAAGAGUAGGCCGUACUGCCGCUGCCCGGGCAAAAUUUCCGUCAUAGCACAUUGUAUGGUGUAUGCCCGUCUUCAUUAGCCCAGGUUAGGAGCAGAACAUUAGGACGUUAAACUCCAUUUCAUUUCAUUUCAUUUCUUGUCCAUGGAUUACUAUUUCUGACUUUCCUAUUGCUAUGUUGGAUUUUAUUUUUUUAAGUGUAUAUUUACUAUUCUUUAAUGAAUUUUGUUUAGAUUUUUGGAAUUUAUUAAUUGCAAUGCUUGAUUACCAUUAUUUCUGAUUAUUUAUUUUUAUCUAAAAAUAAUGGGCUAUUAGAUUUUAAAUGAUAUUUAUAACUACCAUUUUAAAUUUUAUUUUGAGGUAUGAAUUGUAUAUUUAAAAUGUUGAAUUUUUAUGAAUGUAUAUAACAUAUAGCUUUACAUGUAAUUGAUUUUAAUUUAUUUGUAUGAAGUAUGCAUAUAUAUAUCUUACUUGUAUAAAUGUAUGAAUGUUUAUAUGUAUAUACCAUAUUUAUAUAUCAUGCUCAACAUGGUGUAUAGUAUAAAUGCAGUGCUUCUUUUGUUCAUAAA